AUGGAGUCAAGACUAUCACCACAGCCACAAUGGAGUCACCAUCGCUGCGGCAACCACCGCGACGACAUCGACAGUUGGAACAACUACGACCAUGCCCGAUUGUGUCCCUCUGAUUGUGCCCUCAAGGAUUCGAUCCGCAACUCUCUUGUAAUCAUCAAGGAGCUGCCCCUUGGUCCUGAGGCUUCGAAGCUCCUCAAGCUCGCCCUCGGAACCAACCUGACAGCUUACUUUGACAACGGUGUCGACAGUGCCGGGUCGAUCGCUGCAACGCUUGCGCACACUAUUCCUCAGAUCGUCCGAUGUCAUCAAGAGCGUCCAGAAUCAUUCCAGGCCGUUUAUGGCAUUUUGGAUCAGAUCUUCAAGGAAUCAGCUGAACUGGCUUCUUGCACGGGCGCCAAGGCCGACUGCACUGGAUUGGUCGUUCUUUCUGGAUAUGUUAUCAAGAUUGGCGUGCCUAUUCUCCGAGCAUACCUCACAUUCAAGUUCCCUCCUGCCGCCGCGGCGUUCAUUGUCCUGCAGCCGACCAUUGGCAAGACUGCUGACGGCUUGAUUGCUAGUAAUGAUGCUGGUCUGACAGACUUCCUGAAGUUGAUCGUCGAUCAGACAACCGGUAUUGCCGGCACUCUAUUGCCAUCUCCACUCGAGGAGAUUCUGGGCAUCACCGGACCUACCCUCAGCAUCGUCAAGAACUGUCCAGCGGACAAGGGUAGAGCACUUUUUCAACUCGACUUGACCACUUUGGACUUGGAGGACAACUCGAUCGGAGACAACGGAGCUCAGGCGCUGUCCGAGGCACUCAAGGCCAACUCAACCCUGACCACUUUGGACUUGUCGCGCAAUCCUAUCGAAUCUGACGGAGCUCAAGCACUCUCUGAGGCACUCAUGGUGAACUCGACUCUGACCACUUUGUCCUUGGGAGGCACCUCGAUCGGAGACAAUGGAGCCCAGGCGCUGUCUGAAGCACUCAGGACCAACUCGACUGUGACCAUUAUUGGCGUCGUAUUUUAG